UCAAUAAGGAAAAGCCAAUAGGAAAGCACCGCAUUUCACUCUCUCCCCACGCAUCACUUUCCCUUCGGCUCUAGGGCAUACAAAAACAAGUCCACCAAGCAACCACACCCCCCGGUGAAUUAAACCCCUUUCUCUCUCUCUCUCUCAUUUGAGACCCAACAAGUUUAACAUUCAAUCAUGGAAGAAUCUGAGACAUACCCAAAAGACAAUUACGCCGCAGCAACUGGAAGAACCAUAUCCGCGCAAUCUUCAUCAUCAACCUCGACCACCAGCGUUCACGUUACAGCCCUUGAUGGCCUUGUGAGCGUGAACUCUCUCUUCACAAUUGCGGUAUUUGUGGGUCUCUCUCUCACCACUCCAGGUCAACGUAGCCUCGAGAACUCUUCCUGUGAUGCCAGCGUUGACGUAGCCAAGAAACUCCUGGUCUUUGAGGUUAUUGCUUUCAGUUUCUUCCUCUUCUCUUCCCUCGUCGCACAAGGUCUCAAAUUGGCCAUCAAUCUCUUGAACAGUAAAGACAUUGAUGAGGCAUUUAGGGCCCAUAUUAAUAUUAGAGUCUUGAGGUUUGGAAUGCUCGGCUCAGCUGUAGGCUCGGUGAUGGGUUGCUUGUUUUUGGUUCUUUCUAUGGUUAAUGUUAUCGAGAUCCGGUUGGGGAUGUUGUCUUGUGGGAGCAAAUCCGCCGUUCAAGCCGUCGCGACGAUGAUUACAUUAGUUACCUCUGCACUUGUGGUUUAUAUAUCAACUGCUUUUUAUGCUUUCCUGCACUGAGUGAGGCUUAUAAGUGCCAGUUGAACCCAUAUGUAUUGUAUUGCCUUGUUAGAAUGUAUGAUGUACUUUCGAAUUUUAAGUUCUAUGUAAGAUGUUUCUUGUCUUUAUUUUUUCUUCUAACAUUGGAGGAACUGAUUAUCCUUUUGUCAAUUAGAUAGAAUCUCUGACUCAUCGAUUUAGUCGAAAUUUGUGCUCAUUUGGAAAUUUAUAAAUGACUCAAUUUAGUGAGAGUUUGAU